CUCUACUUCUCCCUCCUCUCCCUCUCUCUAUUCCUCUCCAUCGCUGUUUUCUCCACAAUCUCCUUAAUCAAACAGCCGCCGUCAUUAUCACCAUCAAACACAAACAUGUCCUAAAUACCCAACUUGCACUUGAGACCAGUGUUAUUUGCUGUAAAAUGCACUGUUCGGUUAAUGUUACAGCUCUCCUCGUCCCUCCUCUUCACUCUCUUAAAAACUCUUCAGGUUUUUCCAACUGAGCGAUUCAGGCUGAGGCGGGCGCAACCGCACUAGAGGGGGAAGUCAAGUCGUGCUGGACUGGCGCGAUAUCCUCGCACGGUUCACAACUAAAAGAAGACCUGACCCGCGUUAAAUGAUGCUUUUACAUGAUGGAAUAUGUUGAUUUUAAAAGUUGACCAGGGAUUUCUAGUUGUGGGGUGUUUGCGAGGCAUGGCUUUCCUUUUAACUUGCUUAUUUCUGUCUUGUUACAGUGCGAGCAGUGUUUGGGGAAAUCAGCACGGUGAUACCAGUAUCUAUUUGGAUAACAUCACGCGCAUAUUGGAUAGAUUACUGGAUGGCUAUGACAACAGGCUGCGACCUGGAUUUGGAGGUCCAGUUACAGAGGUCAAAACUGACAUCUUUGUCACCAGCUUUGGACCUGUUUCAGAUGUUGAGAUGGAAUACACCAUGGACGUGUUCUUCCGUCAGACAUGGAUCGACGAGCGGCUGAAAUUUGAGGGCCCCAUUGAGAUCCUGCGGCUCAACAACCUGAUGGUCAGCAAGAUCUGGACGCCGGACACCUUUUUCCGGAAUGGCAAGAGGUCGAUCUCUCACAACAUGACCACCCCCAACAAGCUGUUCCGCAUCAUGCAGAACGGAACUAUCCUCUACACCAUGAGAUUAACUAUAAAUGCAGAGUGCCCCAUGCGUCUGAUGAACUUCCCGAUGGACGGCCACGCCUGCCCGCUCAAGUUUGGGAGUUAUGCUUACCCCAUCAGCGAGAUCGUAUACACUUGGAAGAAAGGUCCGCUGUCCUCGGUGGAGGUGCCACAGGAAUCAUCCAGUUUGCUGCAGUACGACCUCAUCGGUCAGACAGUUUCAAGCGAGAGGCUAAAGUCCAACACAGGUGAAUACGUCAUCAUGACCGUACACUUCCACCUGCAGAGGAAAAUGGGCUUCUUCCUGAUUCAGACUUACAUUCCCUGCAUAAUGACCGUCAUCCUGGCUCAAGUCUCUUUUUGGAUUAAUAAGGAAUCAGUUCCAGCUCGGACUGUCUUUGGUAUCACCACUGUCCUGACCAUGACAACACUCAGUAUCAGCGCCCGCCACUCCCUACCAAAAGUUUCUUACGCCACAGCCAUGGAUUGGUUUAUCGCCGUGUGCUUCGCCUUAGUCUUCUCCGCCCUGAUUGAGUUUGCAGCCGUCAACUACUUCUCCACCCUGCAGGCCAACCGGGAGCUGAGGAAGGCAGCUGCCAUGAAGGCUGCGGCUCAGGAGGCUGCCUCUGCAGCUGCAGCUCCGCCCGCAGCCACGGGGAACGACGGAGAGGUUACCGCAGUGGAUCCCAGCAGUGUGCUGAAGAAGAGGAUGAACUCUGCCCCGCUGUUUGACCGCCCUGCCAAAACAUUCCCCAACCCACCUGUCAAUGCCCAAGCCUUCCUGCAGCAGGGUUCAGCCGUACCGGCCAACAACGUCCUAACUGGCACCAGCAUCAUCGACAAAUACUCACGCAUCCUCUUCCCCCUUUCGUUUGGCGCCUUCAACCUGGUCUAUUGGAUCGUCUAUCUCACUAAGGACACGAUGGAGAUGUCCAGGGACACCGUUUAAGCCAAGACUUUGUCUUCCUGGAAAUCACUACACACACACACACACACACACAUACACACGCACACACUGUCAUACACCUGCACGGGCACACACACAUAUAUAUACACAAUAAAUAGAUGACAGACGCUUGCCAAGCACUCUUUUAUGCCGCCUCAGUGCAUUGUAUUUCUUUUUAAGUACUCCCCUGGAAAGUGAGUGUUUUGAGAGCCGAUGUACCAGCUCCUAUUGCCAACUUGACCCGGGAGCUCACAGCCUGUGGGCCCCCGGCUCUGGAACCAUUUCAAACAGGUACUACAUCUCUCUCUGUCUCUUUCACUUCUUUAUUUCUGUUCCCCAGUAUUUCAUAAACACUUACAUGUUAUGACACUUUUUCAGUGUCCGUCCUGUAUCUCCCCUGCCCGAAGAGAUUGGGCAAGAUGCACACAGCUAAGCUAGCUAGGCUGCAGAACCAGAGGCAGAGAAACUACUUUGUUAUAUGUAUUUAUUUCUGUAUGCGUGCAACUUGCAUGCAGUUUCACACAUUGUAGUGGUUUGGCAUGUGUGUUUGAAAUUACACAUUCCCUAAUGUGAUAUUUUGAACAGACGUUGAGUGCACCCGAUGUCCUGACUGGAUCCAGUGUGACUGACUGAACUCCCAGCUCUUCCUUCCACUCUGCAUUUUUUUUCUCCCUCAAAACACCCGCUAUUUUUUGGUUCACUGGCUUAAUUUCCCCCUCGCUGAUGGAGUACAGAGGAUGUGAGGCAAAAUCUUCAAAGGGUUUUUCUGGUGUGUUCCACAGAUACACUGGCCUGCUCCAAUAUUCACUGUCACAUGCACAUGCGGAUGGAGAAACGUGCACAUGUCAGAAAAUACAGACACUAAAACACGCACACAUGCCACUCACUUACACACACUACAUGCUUUACAUGAUUUUCACAAUGUCAGGAUUUUAUUUCCUCUUUUCCUAUAGACAGAAAUAAACUUUAAAUCAUCAGUGCAUGAUUGAAUGACUAUCAUAAAAUAAUACCUGGUACUAGUUCCGAAAAAAAUCACGGAAACGCACAGCACAUGCCUACAAGAACAAGAGGGGAGGACACUGCAACAUUUUUAAAACAAAUGUAAAGCUAAAGGUCCAGUGUGGAGGAAUUAAGGGGAUAUACUGGCAGAGAUGGAAUACAGUGUAAUAUAAUAAGUAUGUUUUCUUAAGCAAAUAAUCACCUAAAAAUAAGAAACUAUAUGUGUUUUCGUUACCUUAGAAUGAGCCAUUAAAUGCAGCCUACAUAGGGAGUGAUAGAGAGUCAUAUUGCACCACCAUGUUUCUACAGUAGCUCAGACUGGACAAACCAAACACUGGGUCUUUGCGUUUUUGUGUUUAUGCAUCAGCCACUGUGCUAAGUGUCAGAAAAAGGCAGAUAUUUUUACGUGACACUGCUUUAUUCAGUGUUUUGAUCAGUUUUUAAUCACCUGCUCUGUUUGUUUUGGAGAGGAAGAGACCUCUGCGGAUAAUUGGUCCGUUAGUAAAAACAUCUGGAUCUCAAGUUAUCAGAAAAUAAAGCUGAGCACACAUUAGCAGGUGCUUGGCCAGUGGUCCAUGUCCAGCAUGCCAAACAGCAGUAGGAGAAACACUGAUUUGUAUUGUGAGACUGCUUUAUUCAGUGUUUUUACCGGUUUAAAUUGAUGGGUCCAUUUGUUUUGGAGAGAUGCAGAUAAAUCAGCUCAUGGUAAAAAGCCUCCUGAACAUCUGGAUCAGAAAUAAGGUGAGCACACAUUGGGUUGUUAAAAAAAAUAGGUUAGCAGGAGCUGGGCCAGCAGCCCGUCUGCAGACCCAAUCAGUGGGUCUGUUUGUUUUAAAGAGGAAGAGACCUCUGCAGAUAACUCAGAUCCUGGUAAAAACCU